UAUAAGCGACCAUCUGACAAUUGGCCGUUAUUGUUGAUAUUGCCUGGUUAUAAUAUUUUCCACAUCUGUCAUUGAAAGAGGAAUAAAAUCAAGAUGGGGGAUACACUUUUUUUCAAGAGUAACCAGUCACAUUACCCAUAUUGGGUAAAUGUGCCACCAACCGUUCCAAAAUAUCCUGUUCCACUAGAAAUGUUCAGACGAGAAUCGCCCGAGAAAUAUACAGCUAAAUCUGGUCCAGAUUCAUGGCAGAACUGGACUGAUAAAUGGAGUGAUUACAGUAAAAUUGGAUACCAUAGACCGCGUAUUGAGGAACUUCCCAAAGGCGUUGUCGAUACUCGGGAUUCCAGAUGUCGACCAAUGAUGUUCAGACCGGGACUUUCUUCCACGCCAAAAUGGACCCGCGAGGGCAAAGAUUGGCCUAUAGAUGAAAAGAAAUAUAUGAAAAACGGCAGUCCGGCUACAGAAAUAAAAAGAGCACAAGCUAUUUAUAGAUUGAGUGACAGAGAUGAAAAACUUUAUCCAUUUUCUAAUUAUAUGACGUCAACUUAUCGUCGUCCAGUGUAUUCAGUUUUUGGACCCCUACAGAAGGAUAAAGUUUAUGGUUUGACCCAUCAACAUAAUCGCCAUGGAUUUAUGCCUUUUGAGGAUUAUUAUUAAACAAUUGUUUUAUUAAAAUAAUGUGUGUGAUAUGAACAUUUUAUAUUUUUGGUCUGUGCCGUGACCAUGUAUUUAUUGUGCCCAGCCAAGCAUAUUGAAGAAUUACUGAAAUUUAUAACACGCCCUAAUGCCCAGGAUGAAAUAGCCCCAAAAAGUAUUUUUCAGAUCCUGAAAUUUAACAUGACAUUGCAAGCCUAUAUCCCUUUCAAUUCAAGUGAUUCCAAAUAAAAUGUGAGUAAAACUUUGAAUUGAGCAAAAAUGAUUUUAUGGUGUUGGCAGUAUAGAACCCUGGUACGGUAAAUACAUGUCUUAGUGUUGUGCAUUCUCAACACUCCACACAUUCUUUUUCAGUAAAUCAUGCAAACAGUUCGAAAUAUUUCUGAAGCUAGGUUUAUUAUUGACAGUACAAAAAUUCUUGGAGUUUACAAUAUUUGAUGAGUGAAA